AUGCUAUGCACUGGUGACUCUAAGGGCCUAGUUGGGAUAGAUUCACGCAUUGAACGACUCAAAACACUUUUAUGCAUUAGAUCAUCUGAAGCUCGCAUAAUCAGAAUAUGGGGCGUGGGUGGUAUAGGUAAGACAACCAUUGCUGAAGCUGUUUUCAACAGUAUUUCAAGUCAAUAUGAAAGCUGCUGUUUUAUUACCAAUGUAAGAGAGAAAUCGGAAGAAUGUGGUGGCUUGAUUCGCUUGCGAGAGGAAUUCCUUUCCAGAGCAUUAGAACAGGAAAAUCUCCGUAUUGACACUCCACGCAUGGGAUCCACUUUAAUCAAGGAAAGGAUCCGGCACAAAAAAGUCUUAACUGUUCUAGAUGAUGUGAAUGAUGUAGAACAAGUGGAAUGUUUAAUUGAAAGGCAUGAUAUGUUUGGUCCAGGAAGUAGAAUUCUUGUAACGUCCAGAGAUAGACAAGUGCUUAAGAAUGUGGCCGAUGAAAUAUAUGAGGUCGAGGAAUUAAAUUGCAGUGAAGCUCGUCAACUCUUCAGUUUGUCUGUCUUCAAAGGAAACCACAUUCCAAAAGAUUAUAUGGGCCUAUCAAUCAGGGCAGUAAAUUAUGCUAAAGGAAACCCAUUGGCUCUUAAAGUUUUGGGUUCCUUUCUAUUUGACCUAAGGAAAGAGGACUGGGAAAAUGCAUUGAAUAAACUUGAAAGAAAUCCUCAGCUGAAAAUUUAUAAUAUGUUGGAAGUAAGUUUUGAUGCAUUUGGUGAUGAAGAGAAGAACAUAUUUCUUGAUAUUGCGUGUUUCUUUAAAGGGAAGCAAAUUGAUUACGUGAAGAGAAUACUGGAUGGUUGUGGUUUCUCAACAAAUAUUGAAAGUUUUUUUUUCUUGCUGAAAGGUGCCUCAUUACUAUUUCAAAUAGAAAGCUUGAAAUGCAUGAUCUGUUGCAAGAAAUGGCUUUUGAAAAUUAAAGGAUUUUAA